CAGCACAUGAGGAUUCACACUGGUGAAAAGCCGUUUUCAUGUGUGAACUGUGGAAAAAGUUUUAGUCAUAAACUUUGUUUAACUCGGCACAUGAUGAUUCACACUGGUGAAAAGCCGUUUUCAUGUGUGAACUGUGGAAAAAGUUUUAGUCAUAAACUUUGUUUAACUAGGCACAUGAGGAUUCACACUGGUGAAAAGCCGUUUUCAUGUGUGAACUGUGGAAAAAAUUUUAGUGGAAAACAGCAUUUAACUCGGCACAUGAUGAUUCACACUGGUGAAAAGCCGUUUUCAUGUGUGAACUGUGGAAAAAGUUUUAGUCGAAAACAGCAUUUAACUCGGCACAUGAUGAUUCACACUGGUGAAAAGCCGUUUUCAUGUGUGAACUGUGGAAGAAGUUUUACUGAAAAAAAGGGAUUAACUCAACACAUGAUGAUUCACACUGGUGAAAAGCCGUUUUCAUGUGUGAACUGUGGAAAAAGUUUUAGUCAUAAACUUUGUUUAACUCGGCACAUGAUGAUUCACACUGGUGAAAAGCCGUUUUCAUGUGUGAACUGUGGAAAAAGUUUUAGUCGUAAACAG